CCUGCACCAGAAAUCAACACCGUCGACGAUGGCUGCUCGAGACCUGCUGGCCAUGGCAGGGCUGGUCCUGAGGAAAUGAAGGCCCGGUGCAAAAAUAAUAAUUGGGCCUUCUUUUCAAAGUUUCAACACAAGUUAAAAAAAAACUAACCGAAACCGCACCAACUCAAACGGUACCUGAAAGUCGGGACUCGAACAUAAAUCAGUUUAAUGAAGGUUUUUUGAGUUAUAAAAUCGGUUCAAACCGAACCGAACUGAUUUUUAUUAAGAGGUAUUUUAAUUAUUUAUUUUGUAGGACAAAUAGGUAAUAUAAAACUUGUACGUCCGUAUUUCAACAAUUAGUUGAUUUGGCCUGGUGGUUGAUGUUUAGAAAUCAGUGUGCAUGCUUUUAUUUUCACCUGGGUUCAAAUCCCGCAUGCCUUGCUUCUUUUCUUUUUUGUUUCUAAAGCUUAAGAUUCUCACACCGGUGGAAACGGAGGAUUUACUACUCCUUCGUUCCUAUAUACACGCUCCUCCUUUGCAGAUGAGGAAUACACGAAGUGACGAACCAGGCUUGCUUCAAAGCCUUGCCCUAGUCCACCUAAGUAAUAAUACUACUACAAAAAAAUUGGGCCCUUCCAAUUUUUUGAGCCCUGUGCGGUUGGACACCCUGCACACCACCAGGAUCGGCCCUGGACCAUGGACCGUCCCUGGCCUUGCCUGAUUGACGAAGAAGAUCAAAGACCUGACCUGCUCCUGCGUACGAAGAGGGAAGGUGGGCUGAAAGCCCUAAUCUGAUUUUAAGCAUCGAAAAGACUAAAAUGCCCCCACUGCUCCUUUGUUUUAAGUUUCAUCCUUCUACCCUUAUAAGUCAUUUGCCCAGCCCAAAUUUGAUACUUUAAAUAUCAGCUCCAGACCAGUUUUGAGGGAGGAAGCCACUGGUCUAAGACACAUUAGAAUAGAUUUUACAUUUUAUAUUAUGGUUUUUACAUUUCAUGCCGCCCAGUCGUGCCGGAAAUCGAGAAGGCGCUCAGAGAGGAGCGUAGUGGCCGCCGAAGGAGACCAGUGGCCGGAUUCCAAGCCCUCACCAUUUCCGUUAUCCGCAUCUCGAGUUUGAACCACCUGCCGCCAUGUCCGCUCGCAUCGCCGCUUCAGUCCGUCUCACUUCAGUCGGAUCCUGUUAGACUUCAGGCUAUUCGUGUUACUAUAGAGAAGGAUUAACAAGAGCGUAACUAACUCUAGCAGACAAGAUUAGGAAGGAAAUGGAAGUGUAUUAUUUCAUUCAACAUAACAUUCAACUUUACACCUCAAUUAUUAUUUAUAGACAUUAGCCGACUUAGCUGCCAGCUAGCCUCACUAACCAACUCAUCUGCCAACUGGCCCAACUAACACAACCUUGACCCAAACGGUUAACCAUACACAGUUAACCUAUAACAAUACUCUCCCCUUUAACUACUGACUUGACCUCAAGUCAAAGAGUGAUAGAACUCUGGAUAAGCUUCUUUGAUGAAAUCAGCCCAUUCCCAUGUAGCAUCUUCAGGAUUUUGCCCUUCCCACUGGGUCAACAACUUAACUCGUGCAUCAUUCAUAUGCUUAAGCAAUUGCCUCUCCAAAACUGCCAUAGGCAAAACCUUGCUACUACCAUCCUUUCCUUGUAACCAUAUAGGAAUGUGUGGCUUAACGGGCAACUCUCCUCUAAACUCUUUCAGCUUGGAUACAUGAAAAGUGUGAUUUAUUCGAGCUUCAGGAGGCAAUGCUAGUUCAUAGGCCACCUUUCCAACCUUCUGAUAGAUUUGAAAUGGUCCAUAGAACUUGGGAGCUAGCUUCUGAUUGGACCUAUAUUCCACUGAAUGCUGUCUGUAUGCCUGCAACUUCAACAAAGCCCAAUCACCUACCUCAAAGUGAUCUAUCUACUACAUCCACCUUAGAUUCUCCAGGUAAAUAUGGUAGAUGCAAAGGAGGCUUCUCGUUAUACACGGCUUCAUAAGGUGUCAUCUGAAUGGGUGAAUGAAAGGAGGUGUUAUAACACCACUCUGCCAGGGGCAUCCACUUGCACCACUCAUUCGGAUUCUCACUGCACAUUCAACGUAGGUAAGUCUCCAAACAUCUGUUGACUAUCUAUGUUUGUCCAUCUGUUUGAGGAUGGAAUGAGGUAGAAAAUAACAAAUCCACUCCCUGCACAGAAAACAAGGCUGACCAAAAUUGACUUAGAAACACAACACCUCUGUCACUAACAAUAGUUCUAGGCCACCCAUGCAACUUGAACACAUUGUCAAGGUAAACUUGAGCUACUUCCAUUGCUAUGAAGGGAUGUUUUAAUGUCAUAAAGUGAGCAUACUUACUCAAUCUGUCCACCACUACAAAGAUAACAUCUUUACCCAUUGAGUUAGGUAAUCCUUCCACAAGGUCCAUAGAUAUGUCUAACCAUACCUCUACCGGUAUGGGUAGUGGCUGCAAUUUCCCAGGGUAGGCUGAAUUGUCAUACUUACAAGCUUGACAAACUCCACAAGCUCUAAUAUAUGCAUUUACAUCCUUAUUUAAACCCCUCUAAGAAACAAUAUAGCAAAUUCUCUGUAUGGUUGCAUCUCUGCCUGAAUGUCCUCCAGUAGGAGAAUUAUGAGCCCAUUGUACGAUUUUAGAUCUCACCUCUUCAUCAUUGCCUACUAGGAUCUUGUUUGUCUUCCUGAGAGUGCCAUCCUCCAACUGGUAUUUUACAUCUCCUGCUGGUAUGAUACCUUGAGAAAUAUUCUCCAACAACUUUGUGAUUCUUUCAUCCUUAUCAUAACUUUUCUUGAUCAAAGGAAUUAAGUUAGAAUCCAUCGCAGAUAAGGCCAAACAUAACAAUUCAGCUCCUCCUACCCUUGAAAAGGCAUCACCAACCUUGUUUUCCACUCCAUUUUUGUAUUGAAUCUUAUACCUAAACCCCAUUAAUUUGGACAACCAGAACUGCUGAAAUGGUGUGGAAAUUUUCUGCUCCAAAAGCCAUUUCAGACCCUUCUGAUCUGUCUUUAUUAUGAAGGUUUGGCCAUACAAAUACUGCUACCAUUUUUGAACAGCAAAUACUAGUGCUAACAACUCCUUCUCAUAGACCUAUAGCCUUUGCCAUUUUGACCCCAAUGCUCUACUAAUAUAUGCCAAUAGAUGACCCUCUUGCAUCAACACUGUUCUUAUUCCUUCAUUGGACGCAUCAGUCUCAACCACAAACUGUUUGUCAAAGUUGGGUAAUGCUAGAACUAGGGCAGUUGAUAAAGCCUCUUUCAGCCUUUGGAAGGCUGUUGUAGCUUCUUCAGUCCACUGAAAAGCUCCUUUCUUCAGAAGCUGUGUUAAAGGCCUUGCUAUCAAUGCAUAUCCUUUAAUGAAUCUCCUAUAAUAACCUGCGAUUCCCAAGAAACUCCUUAAUUGCUUCAAAGAUCCUGAUAUAGGCCACGUCUGUAUUGCUUCAAUCUUUCUGUGGUCUAUUUCAACCCCUUGCCCAGAUAUGAAUUGCCCUAAAUACUCCACUUUAUCCAUGCCAAAAGCACAUUUACUCCUCUUAGCACAAAGUUUAUGUUGUCUCAAUAUUCCAAAUACCUGCUGAAGAUGUAUUUUAUGUUGUUUCUAGUCCACACUAUAUACCAAUAUAUCAUCAAAAAAGAUGAGAACAAAUUUUCUCAAAAACUCUUUUAAAAUAUGAUUCAUAAACCCUUGGAAGGUAGCAGGAGCGUUUGUAAGACCAAAUGGCAUUACCAGAAAUUCAAAGUGCCCAAAAUGAGUUUUGAAUGUUGUUUUAUACACAUCCUCUUCAUGUACCCUAAUUUGGUGAUAACCAACCCUCAAAUCAAUCUUUGAAAAGAUCCUUGCUCCUGCCAAUUCAUCAAUCAAUUCUUCUACUACUGGAAUAGGGAAUUUGUCUUUCACUGUUUGUUUGUUCAAAGCUCUGUAGUCAGUGCAAAGUCUCCAAUCACCAUCCUUUCUCCCCACCAUUACAACUGGUGAUGCAUAGGGAGAAGCACUGGAUUGAAUGGAUCCUUUAUCAAACAGUUCUCGAAUCUUCUGUUCAAUAAUGUCCUUCUGUUUUACAUAAUACCUAUAAGGCCUCACAUUCACAUGUUGUGAUCCUUCCUUAAGGGGUAUCCUGUGGUCAAAGACACCUCUGCUUAUGGGUAAACCUUUUGGCUCCUCAAAAAGGUCUGCAUAUUGAUUGAGAAACUCAUCUAACUCAUUUGCUCCUGUAUCAUUCCUCUCAAAAUUGCUCAACUUGAAUUGCCUCAUGCUACUGUCUUCAUGCUCCUUAUCAGUUGGGGCUUGAGCUUGAAUCAAAUAAAACUGAGUGCCUUGCUGAAGUUGCUUAGUAUUACCCUUCAUUUCCUUGACUUUUCCAUUUCUCUGGCCUCUUAGUACCACUCUUAUCCCUUUGUAAUUAAAUCUCAUGCAUAAUUCUUGAAAAUCCCAAGUAGUUUCCCCCAAAGUCCUCAACCAUUGCACUCCCAGCACCAUAUCAAACCCCUUCAAGGGUAAGAUGAGCAUAUCACUUUGAAAAUAUGUGUUUUGUAUUUUCCGGAUCACCCUUUUACAUUUGUAUUUGCACUCAGUAUGUGCUCCAUAAGCCACAGCCACAGUUAUAGGAUUCAUACUCUUCAACCUACAACCCAAUUUUCUAGCCAUAUCAUAACUCAAAAAGUUAUGAGUGCUGCCUGAAUCCAACAAAAUGAGUACCUUCUUUUUAUCCAUAUAGCCAUUAAUCUUCAUAGUGUUAUAGUCAUCAUAUCCAUGUAAGGCAUGAAAUGAAAUCAACGGUUCUUCGUCUUGAUCAAAUUCUUCAUUAACCUGCCCCUCUCCAUCCUUUAAGCCACUGGAAGUCUCUUCUAAUCUUUCAGAGCCCAUUAUUUCCACUAGAAAUAGUUGAGCUCCUUUGUGGUUGCAAACAUGCUCCCUACUGUAGGGCUGGUCACAAUAGUAACAAAGACCUUUGGCCCUUUUCUCAGCUCUUUCAGCUGCAGAAACAAACCUUCUUGGUGGUGCAUUGGUGGAAGCUUAGUUAUGCAAUGGUAGUUUAUUUCCAAUUGUAGGCGUAGGCAAUUAUGAUUUUGACAUAUUUAUUUUGGGUGCAGCUAUCUUGCCUUGCAUACUCAACGCAUCCACUGUAUCUUCCUGUAACCGUGCAAGCUUAAUAGCUUAUGAGAUAUUGCUGGGAUUAAAUGCUUUCACAAACGACUUUAACGUUGCUUUUAACGCAGCCAAAAAGUAAUCCAGGAAUUAGUCACUAGGUAGUUUAGCAUUUCUUUGCACCAUUUGAGCUUUCAAUGUUUCAAAUUCAUCUAUAAAAGAUUCAAUUGAACCUGUUUGUUUCAAUCCAUUGAAGUUCUCAACCACCUUGCUAGUAUUAGUGUCAACAAAUCUAGCCUUAACAUCCUUUACAAAUUGAUUCCAUCUCAACCUCUUCUUUCCAGCAAUAUAGGUUCAAAACCAUCUGGCAGCCCUACCUUCUAAAUACAGAGAUGCCAAAUUGACCUUCUAUUCCUCCGGUAUUUUACAUAGAACAAAGUAACGUUCACACUUUUGAAUCCAGAUUUUAACCUCUUGACCUUCAAAUGACGGAAAUUUUAUACGAGGCAAGAAUUUGAAGGAACGAUGUUCAUUACCUGAUGUUCGUCCUGAGUCACUUCCAUGUUCAUCCUGAGAGAUUUAAUCCUCCUCUGUCUCCUUCUCUUCUUCCUCACGAUCAUCUUCUUCUUCCGUCUGUUUCUUCCUUUGCAAAUCAACUACCUUCUUCAUGAUCUUUCCAACCAUGUCCAUCAUAGUUUUAUUUUGGUUAUUAAGUUUCAGAUCGAACUCCACCUGCAUAGCCUUAAGUGCUUCCCCAUCUCAACUGAUGUGGUUCGCGUCUGUACCAUCCUACUGCAGCUUUAUCUCUUCUUCUUACUUCAAUAUUGUUCGCUCGUUCUCUUCGUCUCUCAUGGAUGCUGAGGAUCAUGGCUCUGAUAUCAUUGUUACGCUUUAGGCUAUUCACGUUACUACAGAGAAGGAAUAACGAGAGCGUAACUAACUCUAACAGACAAGAUUAGGAAGGCAAUGGAAGUGUAUUAUUUCAUUCAACAUAACAUUCAACUUUACACCUCAAUUAUUAUUUAUAGACAUUAGCCGACUUAGCUGCCAGCUAACCUCACUAACCAACUCAUCUGCCAACUGGCCCAACUAACACCAACUUGACCCAAGCGGUUAACCAUACACAGUUAACCUAUAACAAUACUCCCCCCCUUUAACUACUGACUUGCCUUCAAGUCAAAGAGUGAUAGAACUCUGGAUAAGCUUCUUUGAUGAAAUCAGCCCAUUCCCAUGUAGCAUCUUCAGGAUUUUACUUAACUCGUGCAUCAUUCCUAUGCUUAAGCAAUUGCCUCUCCAAAACUGCCAUAGUCCAACUACCACCAACUUGACCAAAAUGGUUAACCAUACACAGUUAACCUAUAACAGAUCAUGUACCAGAAAUCAACACCGCCGAUGAUGGCUGCUCGAGACCUGCUGGUCGUGGACCGUCCGUGUCCUUUCCUAAUUGACGAAGAAGAUCGAAGACCUGGCCUGCGGCUGCUGCGUACGAAGAGGGAAGAUGGGCUGAAAGCCCUAAUCUGAUUUUAAGCGUCGAAAAGACUAAAAUGCCCCCACUGCUCCUUUGUUUUAUGUUUCAUCCUUUUACCCUUAUGAGUCAUUUGCCCAGCCCAACUUUGAUACUUUAAAUAUCAUCUCCAGACCAGUUUUGAGGGAGGAAGCCACUAGUCUAAGACACAUUAGAAUAGACUUUACUUUUUAGAUUAGGGUUUUUACGUUUCAUCUAUCUAGCAUUAGUGUAGAUUUGUAGAGAUCUCUCCUCCAAGAUUCAAGCUUUCUACUUGCAUUUCAAUGGAUUUCUUCUCAUCUUUAAAGGGGGCGGGUCCCGAGCUCAUAAAAAACAUAUGGUGUGGCUUGCUCAAAGCUGAUUUUUUUAUUACUUGCGGCAUGUGUCUGAUUCACCUCAGUGGAGGAAAAUUGAUUUGAAAUAUCCUGGCUUUGGUAGAGAAGUCAGAAGUUUGAGGCUAGAAUUAUGCACUGAUGGUAUAAAUCCAUAUGGCACGCUCAGUAGUCAACAUAGUACUUCGCCAAUUUAUUGGUAAUUUAUAAAUUUCCUUCAUGGUUGUGCAGAAAGUGUAAGUAUAUAAUGUUGUCUCUUCUCAUUUCUCGACAAAAACUGCCAAGUAAGGAUAUAGAUGUUUACCUCGCACCUUUAAUUCAUGAUCUCAAACUUUUGUGGAAUGAAGGUGUUACAACAUAUGGCAUGCACAUAAAAACGAUUUUUGUUUUGCGUGCUAUGACAUUGAGAGAUCAUGUAUGACCAAAACUAAACUUGGAAACAACAUACAUUGCAUACACAAUAAGUAGUCAAUAAAUGAAAAAUAAAUUCUGAUAAUAGUAUAGUAGUAGAGCAUACAACAUAAAUCACAAUAUAUGUAGUUCACUAUAUCCAAUGAUCAAAUCACCUCAAAAGGUCGUUGAGAAACUCCACAAUUAAUAUCUGUAGGUCAUUGCUAAUUAAAAGGUCAAUUGGUAGAACAAUGGAGCACACCCUAGGUCCAUGACUAUUUAUGGUGCCCUGGAAUGCAUCGAUUUGUAUUAUGAAAAUCAGAGUAUCAAUGGAGUCGUAGUAAUCGAUGCACCAGUAGUAGAAUCUGCAACUGAGGUCUGCCUGGAGGUAGCCGAUCAAUGUAUCCGUCCAAAAUUGACUCGAGCCGGAGAUGAGUCGAGUCGGGGAUGUGAUUGCAAUGCCUUUGGUGAGAGAGAUGAGCGGGGUCGGAGAUGCAUAUGUGAAGUGGCUGUGAUCGUGAUGCCUUUGGCGAGAGAGAUGAGGUUGGAGAGAUGAAUUUGGGGAAAUUUGUAUUAAAAUGAAGUACUAGAGUGAAGGGUAAAGGCUUCCGAAAACAAAGUUAAAUAUGCAGGAUGUGCUUCUCCUGUGUUGGCUUCUUCUCAGCUUGUAUCUCCACUAUUCCGUAUAGAAUAUUGGCAGCAAGUGAAUGAUAUCCAUUAUGGAAAAACAUACAGCUUAGUUGGAGCUCUCAACAUAAUGAAAAUACGAUAGAAAAGAAAAGAUAAAAUAGAAAAUCAGAUCUGGAGCAAUAAAUAAAUCAGAUCUAAUACAUUAGCUCUGUUUUCAAACCACAAUAACAAUAGAAGCUGGGUUCGUAGUUCAGGUCCGGAAUCUCUUUUCUGUAUGAAGUAAAAGAAGAUGAAGACAUUUCAGAAGAUGGAGAUCGUUUGCGGAAGCCUUGUUCGUAGAUGAAAUGGAAUUUGCUUUCUGUUUCAGUCGAUGUGCUCUGGAGUUUCAGUCGAUGAAGAGGUGCUCUGCGUUUCAACUUCGUUUCAGUCGAUGUGCUCUGGCGCUCUGCGAUUACUCUUUCGUAGAUGAAAAAACGCAAGUUAGGUUUAUAUUUAGGGCUAAAGGGAAGCCUUGAUCUGCUGGUGUGGAAAAUAAUAGACAGAUUGGGCAAAAGUGGAGUUCGUAUACCAUAGGACCGGCCCAUUAUGAGCAUGCUACACCCGCAUCAAUACGACGUCGUUCUAUUAAAAAAACGCGCACAACGGCCUUCUCGAAAUCGGCACGUCUUUUCUUCCCAUAGCUGCGUCUUUUGACAUUGGCUAUUUACAUUUCUCGAAAAACUUUCUGACUUCACACUUCCAUCAAGUUCCGUCAGACAGAGUUCCACCAUUCGAAGUGCAUUCUGAAGAAGGAAAAGUAAGAAUCCGAACGAAGAAGAACGUUUUGCAGAUCGAGAAAAUGACGAGGUCUAAAGGCAAAACAGUUGCAAGGUAUUUCAUCCGAACGAACUAUGUACUUUGCUUUUUGAAGUUCAAAAUGUAUCUCUGAGAAUGUAACAAUAUGAUUCAUGUGCUAAUUUGUUAUAAAUUUUAACAUGCAUGUAAGUCACUCUCAAAAACGAAAGAGAUUGAGUAUUGAAUAGUGUGAUUUAUGUCUUAUUGUGAUCUCAAUUUGAAUAAGCAAAGUGCGAAUGCUCAUAUGUCAUCGAGCAUAAUAAGGAAUUUGUCGAUGUAACUACAAUUUUUGGUAAUAUAGUGUUGCAUACCUCAAUAUGUUUGUUAUGCCUUAGUUUGUCAUUGAUUUUUUUUGUGAUAUAGUGUUGCAUGUCACUGAAACUAAUACUAGAUUAACUUUAUUAAUUUUAUGUAACCUGUGUAUAAUAAUACAUAAAUCCUCUGCCUUGGUCUGUGACUGUAAGCAAGUCCACAUGACAUUGUUCAUCUGAUUGUGAAUGAUGUAACUUCUUUUCAAUUUUAUGUAAAUUGUGUGUAAAAAGAUGUAACUCAUGUGCUUGCUCCACAUGACAUUGUUCAUCUGAUUGUGAAUGAUGUAACUUCUUUUCACUGUUAUGUAAAUUGUGUGUGACAAGAUGUAACUCAUGUGCUCCACAUGACAUUGUUCAUCUGAUUGUGAAUGAUGUAACUUCUUUUCAAUGUUAUGUAAAUUGUGUGUGACAAGAUGUAACUCAUGUGCUCCACAUGACAUUGUUCAUCUGAUUGUGAAUGAUGUAACUUCUUCUCACUGUUAUGUAAAUUGUGUGUGACAAGAUGUAACUCAUGUGCUCCACAUGACAUUGUUCAUCUGAUUGUGAAUGAUGUAACUUCUUUUCAAUUUUAUGUAAAUUGUGUGUAAAAAGAUGUAACUCAUGUGCUCCACAUGACAUUGUUCAUCUGAUUGUGAAUGAUGUAACUUCUUUUCACUUUUAUGUAAAUUGUGUGUAAAAAGAUGUAACUCAUGUGCUCCACAUGACACUGUUCAUCUGAUUGUGAAUGAUGUAACUUCAUUUCACUAUUAUGGCAAUUGUGUGUGACAAAAAUGUAACUCAUGUGCAAUAUAAGGAGAACAAGAAGUGCUGUAGCUCCUGAAAAUGAAACUCAGCAUACAGAACAUCACAAUGAAACUGCAAGGAUACUGAACACAGAAAAACCGAUUCUAAGGCUAGAAUAUCAUCAGCCAACAACAAGCAAAAAAAGAAAAGCAGCCCCAAAAAAGAAGAAAGCAGAAUCUGAAGAAUCAGACGAUGAAUAUGAAGAAGUGGAGACAAGCAACAGGCCGCCUUCUGUAAAUCUAAGAACAAGAGUAGGACCAACCCCUUUCAUAAAGUUGAUUAACCAAUUAGAUGAAAGAAAAAAAGCAGCAGUUGAAAGGAUUGGAUUUGGGGGAUUACUGCAUUUAAACUUUGACAGAUUCUGUGGAGAUUUGGUUGCGUUUUUGUUGAAGAACUUUAGACCAAUUUCAGGACAGCUACAACUUGCCAAUGGUGAGCUGCUAGAUAUUGAAGAUGAAGAUGUCAAAGUUGUAUUUGGUCUGCCAAAGGGAAAGAUAGAAGUUCAAGAAGCGAAUGCGAAGAAUGAAACUGAAGAGUAUACCCAACUGCUACAAGAAUGGAGAGAAGAAUGGGGGAUUGAUAAAGGAAGCCCUCAAACAUCAAAAAUGAUUGAAAAAAUAGUUGCAGAUACUGACUCUGGAGACAGAUUCAUCAGAAACUUUGUGGUCUUUACAGUCUCUUGCCUGAUCAGAGGAAACCAGAGUGUUAACAGCAAUUUUAAAAUAUUGAUGUCUUUGGUUAAUGUAGCUGAUAUACCAAACAUGAAUUGGUGCAACUACACAAUAAGAUCGUUGAUGGAUGCAUGCGAGGAAUGGCAAACUAAUCAAUCAAAGAUGUUCAGUGGACCAUUACUGUUUCUAAUGAUAUGUUACUUUGACCGAGUACAAUUCAAAGGCCAAAUUAUGCAGAGUGCUUAUCCAACCAUUAGAAUCUGGGACAAGGAGAGAAUUGACAAAAGAGUCAAAGAUGAGAGAAAGGUGGGCUUUGGUCUGGGAAAGGUGACAAAGCGAAUAAUAACAGUCGAAGAGGAAGACAAAGAUGAAGAGGAAGCAGGAAAAGAAGAUGAAGAAAAUGAAGAUGCUGAAAUGUUGUCAAAGGAGGAUUGUGUGAAGGAGAUUAUAGUUGUGGCACAAAAGUUUAGUGAUGCUUUUGUGGAAUUCUCAAAGUUGCCGUCAACCAUUGCAAAAAAGUUCCCAAAUUCUGAUAUCUUGAAGAAGAUAUACUUGACCACAGCUGAUUACUUCAUCAAUCAAGCAAAUGGAAAUCAAGCAAAAGGAACUCAACGAUUAUCAGAGAAGUGUGUCCUUGAGGAAGAUGAUGACUUCUUUAAUAAGCCUGGAGUUAUGGAAGCCCUUGAGAAACUAGAGAAAGCAGCAUUCCUGAAAUUUUCAAUGCCUUCAUUUGACAUAGGAAUUGAGUUUAACAUGUCACAGGGUGAAGGCACAUCAAAAGUGGAUGUAGAAGCUGCGAAGACUGAAACUGCUCCUGAUGUACAAGAUGUGAUGACUGAAACUGUUGAUGGAGUGGAAGAUGUGAUGAUUGACACCAUUGCUGGAAUGACUGAAACUGUUUCUGUUGAUGGAGAAGUGAAUGGUAAUGUUGAAGUGGCUGAAGUGGCUCAAAUGGCUGUUGAGGAAGAAGUGACUGGAGAUGAUGGAGAAGUAAACAAGGAAAUUGAUAAUAAGUCAGAGAGUGUUGGUCUAAAGCCAUAUACCAGAAAGAGAAAGCUUCGAAAGUUAGGUGAUUCAAUUGUCAAUUACAGAUCACCUUUUCUGAAGAAUAAUAGAAGGCUAUGCAAGGAAUUUAGCAGAGAUGAAAAGAUUGUUCUUGAUUGGGGAUUCUCAAAAGAAGUUGAAAAAGACUGUGUCUAUAUAGAUGAGGAAGGUGUGUUUAUAACUCAUGAAGAAAUUCAGACACUUCUUGAAGGAAAUGUAGACAACUCAAUAAUUGAUGCAUUCACUAAGAUUCUGAAUGACAGAGAAGAAUCAAAUAAGUCUACAAAGCGUGCCUUCAUUGCGUCAACCCAAGUAUAUGCAAUGUUUGAUUUUGCAUCUGGUGACCCAAUAGAAAAUAUGGUUGAUAGAUUGCAAAAAGAAAUAAAUGAUGCUGCAGCAGAUGUCACAAAAUUAGAUAUGAUACUGUUUCCCAUUCACAAUCAUGAGCACUAUUAUAUCUACUGCUUUUACACAACAAACAACAUUGUUGAUGUAAUUGACAACCGGAUGCUUCCAGAUGGGGUGAGCGUUGAGGACAAAUAUGACAAAACUUUGAAAAAAAUGCAUGAAGGAUUCAAAGCCUUCUGUGAGAAAGUGCAGAUUUCAAGCACAACAAGUUGGGUCCCCAGAAUCUUAUACAUGCCAUGGAGACAUAUUAGCAAUCACGUUGACUGUGGAGUAUAUACUUUGCGUCACUUGGAGACGUUUCGUGGGCAAGGACAUGUAUGGGAUUCUGGAUUUGCAACUGCUGCCACAAAUGAUGGAAUAAAAGCUCAAAAUGAAACAAUCCAAAAGAUGAGAGUGAUGUAUGCAGCUCAAGUUUUACUGUCAAAAUUUAACAAAGAAAGGGAAAACAUAUUGAAAAAAGCAAAAGACUACUUGAAGAUGUAAUUAAUUAAUAUGAUGGGGUUACAGUCAAAACAUUUCAUGGUUUUAUGGAGGGUGUGGUGGUAUGCGUUAUGCUGUAGUUAUCUGUUUGUAUGCAGUAGCUUGUAAUGCAGUGGUAUGGGUUUUAGACAUUUCUUGGUUUUAUGCAGUAGCUUGUAAUGCACCUCAAAAGUUAUCUGUUUAGUAUGUGGAAAACUUAUAUGUUGG